AUGGCUCGUCCAUGGCAGCAGCGCGCGAGAUGUCGGAGAAGCUUCGCAGGCUUGCUGUUGGUGCCGGCUGCCGUGCUUGGGCAUGCCUGUGCUUUUGCUUCGGCACGCUUCUGGAGUGGAAGGACGGCAUUGAGGAAGCGCACGGCUGCGAAGGCCUUCGCUUCCUUCGACAGCCCAAUCCGCCGACUCGAGUUCAACGACUCCAUUCUGGUGGGGGCUGGCUAUGACCUGGUAGAUGUCAGGGUAUUGACGACGGACAAGGAGCCGGUAGAGGCCACAUUCAUGCUGGACAGCGGCCUCACCACGAACCUCGUGUCUCCGACCUUCUUGGAGCGUUUGGGGUUGGAGACACGGGAGGAAGCCCUCUCCGCAACUGCGCUUGGAGGCUCCAUGCAGAAGCUCAGGUCGACAGAUCUGCCGGGGCUGGAGCUCCUCGGUUCCGAAACGGGCGAGACCUAUGCAGGCUUAUGGCAAGGCGGUGGCUGGCGCGCCUGGUGCACCCUCGACUGGGAUGCCUGGAAGGCCGCGGCAGCAAAUGCCAAGGAUGUCAAGGGCGAGGUGAUGUACGAAGUGCUGCCUUCUGAGAAGAUGACGGAGUCGCAACUACAGAUGGUCGGCUGGCGAGGCACAGAAACCGUCCAGGGCACGCUGGAUGCUGACAGCUUCAGUGGACGUGGCAUCUCCGUUGAACCCAAAGGUGUGCUGUCGACUACUGAGAGAUACGACUUCCAAGAGCAGGGCGACGAGAUCGUCGAUUCCGUGAGCGGAAUGAGGUUGAGACGCCAAGCUGCGCGGCCCUCUCUGCCGUUGCCCGGGCCACUUCAUGCAACCUGCGUGGAGUUUGCACAGGCCGAGAUCGCGCGCCAGCAGGGUAUCGAACUUCAUGGAAUGUUGGGUCAGCUUCCGCUGCAUCAGGAUUUCUUGCUCGACGUGGACCCUGAGGCGCGACGCGUUUCCAUCCGGAUUCCUUCGGACUCCAGCGAGAUAGCAGCACAGGCUGGCCUACGACGAGUUCCUGGCCUUGCAUUGCCGUCGCGGCUGCUCGGGGUGGAAGUGCUCCACACACCACAGACCAAAGGUUUCAGCGCUGCAUCGCAGCGAGCGGUUGCAGCUCUAGUAGACUCUGGUUCCGCGAACUCCGUUCUCAACUGGCCAGCAGCAGAGCUUUUGUUGGGUCUCCGUCCUGGAGACAAAGUGGUGCGUGAUGCUCCACGCAUUCGGGCAAUCGGAGUCGGGGGUGGAGCAAUUGAUAUGCCUCUCCUACGCUUCUCUUUGGGUCUGGUAACUGCAGAAGGCGAUUCUGUGGCUCCUCAAGCAGUUCGCGUCGCAUUGGGCGAUGCGGAGGUCUUUGCUGACAUUUUUGGCCGAGAAGAAUCAGGCUCUUGGCCGUUGGGUCUCGGCCCGAAGCCUCUGAAGCCGGCUGCUCUGAUUGGCCAGGACAUCCUCUCCCAGCAGCGGCACCUCCUUGUGGCAUCAGAGCCUGCGCUUUACGUGGCAGAGCGGCCUGCGAGUGAAGGAGAGCUCCAUCAUGUGGGAGAAGGCGACUGCGUUGACGAUGAAGGUCGACGCCUUGCGGGCCUUCAAAAGCUAGGAUGCACAAUGGAUGAUGCUGCAUGGGAGUGCCUUUCACUGCCACCAGGUGCUUGUGCGGGCAUUGCGGUGACACCCAAAGGGCGUUUUCAGGGUCUGUGCUACAUCUUUGUUGGUGCAGAGCUCGGCAGGGACGAGGAGCUACGCUCCCGUGGCUUUGCGCGCUAUGAAGCACCGGCUGGGCAGACACUUGCACCACCAGGUUCAACGGUUGCAACUGCAGAUGGGACUCCAGAUGCGCAGUGCUUCCGCUGGCAGCCGAAGUGA